AGCGAAUUGACUCAAUUUUCUUUUUAAACCAACAGUUGAUUAAUAAGAGUUCAAUUUAAUUCAGUUUAGAAAUUUAAACGUUCUCUUCAAUAUUUUCAUUUAUUUUCUAGAAAUAAUUAAAUUUGUUACGAUGGAAUUGGGUGAUUUACCUUACGAUUGUUUAUCGUGUAUAUUUGAUUUUAUUCCUGAUCUUAAAUUGCUUUUGAAUCUGUCAACAGUUUGUAAACAAUGGAACAUUUUGGUGAAACGGCGACUGAAAAAAAUUCGACAUUUACAUGUCGAGAGUAAAUCCGAUUUAUCAUAUGCCCCUUUUUCAUCUGACAAUCACAUCUACACGGAUGAUAUUGGAUAUUUGGAGAGAGUUAAUGUCUCUCAGUUAUUACCGAACCUCAAGUAUUUCUCCAAAAGCUCUUAUCUGACUGGAAAAUGUACCUGUAAAAUGUUGCUCAAUGUUUUGUCAUCAACAUCGAACCCGUUAAUUGGACUCCAUUCUGAAGUUCCAUGUGAUUUCGGCUCUGGCUGCCACGUCAGUCUCGAUGAGAUUGUUAAACACUGUGGAAGCCUCGAAUAUUUGUAUUCAUUGCAUGAACCAUUUCGUGACAGUUAUUUCUUUAAAUAUAAAUUCGGGCAAAAAUUAAAAUACUUUGAUGGGCAUUUCGAAGGAUACUUUGAUCUUGAGUCAGAUGAAGAAGAAGAAGAAGAUAUAGAUUAUGAUUCCAGAUUUGAAGAAAUAAGUUUACUAUGUCGCUACUUUAAGCAAAUGCCAAAUCUUGAAGUUCUGAGUUUGGAUAAACCACUAAUUGAACCUCGUCUUUGGCCUUUACCAAAGAUGAAACUGAAAGAGAUUCAACUCCGAGACAUAAGAUCGAGUUCGUCAGUCUCCCAGUUCUUGCCUUUUUUUCCUGAUUUACGAACUAUCCGUUUGCAUAUUCGUGAAGUCAAGGAUAAAGGUUCUCCUGAUUCGCAUAUUCAUCUGAAUGUCCAAAAUUUUUUUCUAAACAUACACGAACCUCAGAGCUCACACGUCGAAUCAUUGAAUUUAGUUAAAACUGUCAUGGCAAAGUUACCUAAUUGUACAAACCUAUGCAUUCUUCUCCUACAAGGGGUUAUCACGAUAACUAAUGGAGAUCUUAUCGAGAUAAUCAAAGUUCUGCCAAAUCUAACUCUAUUUGUCUUGGAUGUAGAGAAUUGGGAAGAUGCGAAUAUCAUUGAGACACUCGAUAAAUUCUGUAAAUCAGUCGGUCGAAGAAUAAAUUUUAUCUUGCGUGGCACUGCACAUCACGGAACAAAGGGCGCUCGCUCAUAUACACGAUACAUAUUGAACGAAGAUGUUUCGAGUCCUUUAAAGAUCGAUUAUGAAUUCUUACAAAUGUGCCACGUUUAUUGAAAUUCGUAUUAAUUAAGCUCAAGUUAUUAAUCACUUCGACUUUUUUAUGCUCAUCAAAAGAUACUGUAAAUGUUUUCUAUUCGUUGGAUUUUAUUGCCAAAAUAAAGUUGUUUUUAUGAGAAGACAAUUUUUAAUUGUGAA